AUGCCCUCGUCACAGGCCGUCUACGUAUAUACUCAAAAUAUCUGGUCUCGUGUUAGUGAACUGACAUCUGUUGCGGAAAAGAUCAAGAUGGCACACUCGAUUGCUGGUAGACAGUAUAACCUACGCGUCAAUACCAGCUCUUCAUCAAGCAAUCAGUAUCAGUACUUUUCCUUCAGCCCAAGAACAGAUCGGGGAGAAGAAACAGAGGACUCUGAGGAUGAAGUUGACAACUUGCCGACACCACUCAAGAAUCCUCGUUUCCCACAAUGUAACCAAACAACAGGCACCGGUUUUUCUGGUCCUCUAGAGGCCGACACACCUACUUUGAGACCACAGCAACCCUUUAUAGCUAAGGGAGAUAUCCCGAAGAAGCGUCUCCACAGCACUGGCUAUAACUUCAUUCGACCCAAGGACGAGCCGGGAACCACAUCCAUCACCAACACCGAUCACAUCAGCCGGGUCAAAGAUGACUCGACACAACCAGAAUCUAGCAAAACUACUCGAACCGCCCUGAAGGCAUGCUCGACCUGCCGAGCGAAGAGAACUCGCUGCACCCACAAGAAAGCAACUGCGAUUAGGAAGAACUCAAGAACCUCAGUAAAGCCAGAGGUGAAGAUCGAGAGCAAGCAUAAUGCUACUAGUUACAGAGUCAAGAAGGACGGUACUCUGUACACCAGGACUCCAUACGAUCGCAGCCAAGGACCGUCGAUGACUCCAAAUGCUGUGGACUAUCGAGAGAGGAAGGUCAUUCAGCAGGAGUAUCAGGACCAACUUACAGCACGUCUAGACGCAGCUGUCGUCCAGCAAGUCGAAAGCGAAGGAGGUAUAACUCCUCUCGGUCGUCUCUUCAAGGCUGCUGUUAGGACCAUAGAGCGAAUGCAGGCCGAAAAGGCGAAGGUAAAUCCAGAUGAGGGCUACGGCUCUGCGUCUCCACCAAACGACUACCAGUAUCUGGUUGACCAGAACAACAUGCUUCGAGAGGCUGCUGGCGCUGCAGAGAUGAAGCUGUUUGAAUUCAAGCAGAAGGUUCAAGGCCUUGUGGAUGAGGCAUGA